AUGAAUAUAUCGGAAUGGCUCGAACAAUCAAAAACUGUUUACAAAGCUCAACUUGACACCAAAAUCAAAGUAAUUGGAAUUAUAGGAAAAGAUUAUCCAGAUCACGGAAAAGGCGAUAAUAUUAAUUGUUAUUUGCGGGAGAAUGUGUUUCCAGUUACUACUGGUGAAAACGAGACUUGCACGAUCUCCGCCCACUUUUCCGACGACGAGCAAAUCCUUUUCCUGGUUAUGAACGGUGCUGAUGACGUGGCAAAUAUUCGGAAAUGCCUGAAUUCAGAAAAUCGAAAAACGACGAAUUACUUUGAUGCGAUGGCUGAAAGUGAAUCACAAGAAAUGAGAAUGUUGCAUUUUUUGUUCAUUUCUUGUCAUUUUAUCAUCAUUUUCGAGCAGACGUCGAGAAUUGAUUUGGAAUUUAUGCGAUUUUUGAGGAAAGUCAAUUCGUUGAGACUUCAACUUCGCAAAAAAGUGAACAAACUGCUCGUCUCCUCUGGUCUUCGUGAUGUCUCAUUCAAUAAUCGGACGAUGACAAAUUCAGAAUCCGAAGGUCGAAUGGUGAUUCCACGUCUUCUGGUUGCAUUCCAAAGGAAUAAUAUUCGACCGGAUGUUAAUGUUAAUAAAAAGCAAGAACUCUACGAAAAGCUGGAAAAGAAUCUGGAUAAUCAGCUGACGGAUAUUCUGAAACUGUACGAUCUGAUAGAUUGUGGAGCGAAUUCUUUGUGUCAACUGAAUGAAACCAUUCCAAUCGUUCAUCUUCUGAAUCCAAAUAUUGUGAAAAGAGAUAUUGUAUCGGAGAUGUUUGAGAUCUUCAUGGCAGAAGCUGAAAACACGAAAUUGACUGGAAAUAAUCAUAAACUGGCGAGUAAUAACUCAUUUGUCAAGUUUCUCGAGGACAAUUUCCGAUCGGAACGAAAUGAGAUCACAUUGGAAAAUGUGAUAAAAGUGAUGACAACACUUCAAUGUGUUCUUGAUGGAUCACUCGAAGAGAAACCCGAUGCUACAGUAACCCAAAUGCAAAGUUUCAUCAAAAGAAUCCAAACGGAUCAUUUGGAAGAAGCACGAAGGCUCUAUACGAAUGAGAAACGACCGAUAUCUGGUGAGAGAAGAGGAUUCAGGAUGACUGAUAUGGAAGUGACGGAACCGGUUAGAAUACGUAGUAAGGAGGAGCAUCAGAUGAGGUUCAACGAAGCGACUCUCUACAUCGAAUCAGUCGUCGGAGUGAACUCUUCCCAAGUUCUGUCCGAAAUGCAAGCCCAAUGCAAUGAAAUGUGGCAAUCGGACCUCCGUGCGUGCGAAUCAAUCUCAAUGAUGGGUCAUCCGUGUAUCAAGAAAGUCCAUCCGACGUACGGUGAUCAAACUGCUCCAGAAUCCAGAUGGACGUCACACGACGCAUCGAAUACUUCAGUUGGCACGUGUAUUUGUGGAAAGAAACAAAUGGUUCGACAGGAGCCGUUUUCAGUAAAAGAAGCGAAUUGCGACUUUUAUGAGAAUCCAGAAUUCAAGUGUUGCAAACGUUUGUGGAGAUAUCAAUUCCAGUUGUAUCAGGAGGAUGCCGAGGAGAAAGAUGACAUAAUGUGGGCGGACCGUGAAUCGAAUUCCCUCCGAGCCGCCAAGAAAAUGGCUCAACGAGAAGACGAAUUGGCCGAAGAGACGAUAGAUGAUCUGGAUAUACCUGAAAGUCUCCGAGAAUCAGAAUCCUCUUCAGAAUUCACAGAUUCUGAUGAAGAUGAAGACAUUCGAGUGCAGAGUGCAUCUGAUUCUCUCUCCGACACGGAUUCAUUCAUUCGCCCGAAUUCGCGUCGUGAAGAGUUGACGUCUUCUGCGAAAACUGAAAGAGAUCUGGCGGUGGAACACGCGAAACGAAUGCAAAAACUGGAGAAAUCGGGAAAAAUGGACGAGUUCUUGAUGGGUGUCCCCAACUCGUUGACGGCUGGAAAACUGCCGAUUUUUCCGUCGUUUUUCUUGACUUGUCUCGGUGAUUCGAGUAUUUAUAAACACGCCGGAGGACUGAAAGAUCAACCGAAUUUCAAAAUGGGAGGAGAGUAUUUGAGUCCGGCCGUUGUGUUUUUGGAUGUGAACCCCGACGUGUGGGCCCGUGACGUGAACAAAAUGCGAAGCGAAGACUCGAGUCGAAAGUGUGGAAAAGAGCAGAAGGACGAUGUGCCACGAGUGAAAUUGUUUGUUGGUUUCGAAUACGAAUGCUCUCGUGGUCAUCGAUUCUUUGUCGAUCAUCGAGGAGAACCGAUUAUUUAUUCGAAAGGAUCGAGCAUCAUUCGAGAAUCCACUCAUCGUGCAUCACUUGGUGACGUUCUCGAUUCUGAUCUACCUCUUCGUCGACCGUGUACUUGUCGGAAGCUGCCGUUGAAAUCGGCACAGCUUCAGAAGAUUCAUGUGGUGACGCCGAAAGCCCCGGUUCAUAUCAGUAUUAAUCCGAAAAUGCUGGUACCGGGACACGAGGGAGUUUAUGGAACUGGACAGGAGCCACUGGAACUUCAUCAUUCAAAAUACUAUAUUCUCCACCUCCCCGUCAUCUACAGUGGACCAUCCGGUACUUGGAUGCCAGAAGAAUACUCCUCUGACAAACAAGGAACUCUCCGAAAAGGAGCCAUCAAAGUUGUCUAUAAGCCUGUUUUGUCUUUUAGGUGGUGA